AUGACCGGACAGUGUAAAAAAAGCAGUUGCCAACGUCCGGGUUGUCGUUAUCCUGUUGAAAGCGGCAUGCAGUGCGACGAGUGUAAAGGCUGGUACCACGAAGUUUGCACGAAUUUAACGCCUGCUGCUUUCAAACGGUUCAGUAAGAAGGGUUGUGUGUGGCUUUGUCAACAGUGCUGCUCGGAUGCAAACAGCUUGUUAACCGAGGCCAUCUCACUGGUUGAUGCUGCAAAGAAGUGUUUCAACAAGCAUAGUCGGAACGCGUCAAACAGCACUCGAUCUGUUGACACGCAAAUCAAUGUGAAGGAAACUAAAGUGAGUCCGGUGAUAGAUGACUCACGCCGGUCAAAGAAGGAAAAGCAGUCUCCAAAGGGGCCUACCUUUAAAAAAAGCUCAAGAAAAGUAGGGUCUUCUGUUCCCCGUCUCCCAGAUUGGAUCCAACAGGAAACACCUAGGAGCCGCAAUCGCAAGGCUCGAUCGGUUUCAAAUGGUAAACAUAACACGACCCCUCAGGUCGUCGACAACCCCCCAAAACCCAACACUAGGUCUGACGCAACUGCUAUUGCUUCUACCAGCAGCGUUGACGAAUGGGUAAAGGUUGUAAGGAAGAAAAGUAUUGAUAUAAAAGGGAAACCUGCCCCCGUAAAAGUGGUUGAAAAAUCGAAAGCUGAUCAUAGCGACAGAUCAGCUAUUUUUCAUAGAAUUAAGGAGAGCGAUAGCUCUGAACCUAAAGCUCGUUUUGAGCAUGACAUUGUACUGAUUAGGCAGCUGCUUAAUCAACUCAUGCCUCAAAAUAUGACUGGGGUCACCUUGCUAAAGGUGUAUAGACUAGGGAGUCUAACGGACUCGAAAUCAAAUCAUUCCAGACUGCUUAAAGUAGUAUUCGGCUCUUCAAACGAACGUGACCUAAUUUUACAAAAUGGACACAAAUUAAAGGGUUCAGGAGUCUUUAUCCGAAAGGACCUGCCGUUGGCAGACCGUGUUAAAAGACGGGAAGCCGAGAAAGGACUACAACAUAGGUUAGACGCUGGCGAAAAGGACCUGAAAAUUGUAAAUUUUCGGGUUGUAAGACUUCGACAGAGAAUGAUGCCGAAGCCACUCUGGGUGAAGCACGAAGGCACCUAA